CCAGCGGUACGCACCCGUCACUGCCGCCAAUCACGGCAGUCUUUUACCACAUGAUCAGCUGUGUCCAAUGACACAGCAGAUCCCCAGGUAAAUACCGUUGCUGGUUAUCGGCUGCACUUAAGUACAGCUGAGAACCGGCAAUUGUCAGCGAAGGGAUUGGCACUGAUCUUCAGGACACUGAUGAUCAGUGCCCUGAUGAUCAGUGCCCAGCAAUGCUGCCCAUCAGUGCCACCCACCUGUGCCCAUCAGUGCCACCCAUCUGUGCCCUGCAGUGCCUCCCACCUGUGCCCAUCUGUGCUGCCCAUCAGUGCCACCCAUCAGUGCUGCCCAUCAGUGCCACCUUUCAGUGCCUCCUAUCAGUGCCGAUCACUGCAGCCUAUCCGUACCACCUCAUCA